UUCUAACUUUUUACCACAGGUUCUACAACCAGUAACUGCAAUCAAAAGGGGUCAGUGCCAUUGCAACAAAAUAUUUCUCAGAAAUAAUCAACACUAGUAAUGGAGUCUUCAAAAAAUGUUCUAUGACAAUAAAGGGGUCAGUAUCAUUGCAAGAAAUAUUUAGGAGAAAUAGGAAAAUAAUAGUGGAUUCAUCAGGAAGUAUGAAACUAAGAUGUACAGCGUGACAGUUCAAGAGAUACGGUAUCGUCUCAACCUAAUUUUAUACAUAAUAUUUGUUCAAUAACUGCUUUCUACAUAGGACGUUUAAUAAUCUUAUAAUAAGUGUAUAGCAUUCUUGUUUGUUGUAGUAUUUUGUUAAUAAAAAAAGGUUUGUACUUUACAGGUCAGAAUUUAAAUCCCUUUUUGUCAGUGUUUCAAUAUCCAUUUGCUAUUUAUGUAUUAAUCUACCCCAACCUAACCGUUUUAAUUUUCAUGUAAAAAAUGUGUAAACUAAGAAACUUUAUUUUCUGGGGAUUUCCCCUCAUUUAUUUUUUCUUCUCGCUAAUAAAGAAAUGUCUAAUGUAACAAAUUUCGUUUUCUUGGAAUAUCCUGUCACCUAUUUUUCCUUUUCAUUCAUAAUUCUUUAUUGCAACUAUUGUAACGUAAACACAUUUCGAACAAUUAAAAUGUACAAUUAACUUUUUACGCUUGCACUAUCAACGUACUCAAAAUUACUACGCUAAGCAUUCAGAAUCCCUCAAGGGAAGACGUAUACAGUAUAUGUUGUUGAAAAGAAACUAUACUGUAUGGCAAUAACAAGCAGCUUCAUCUAGUUUUCCUCCGCUGCCGCAUAUCUAAUGGUAAUAUUAUUUCUAUGCAGAGAGUAGCUGCUGUAAUACCGACCUGCCGAAUCGGAGAGGUCACGUGCCGUGUCUAAGUAGGAUUCAAUCGUACGCAACGGCUUGCAACGAUAAGCAGAAAUGUUGAAUUGUACGUCGAUUCAACGCGAAGGUCAAUGUCAAAAUUUAAACGAUUUUACGGAAGAAGUUCAUCAAGAUAUUACGAAUAUUACUUCUGCCUUAGGUUGGACAGUAGAGAGUAUAGAAACUGACAAUGAUAAUCGUUUAGUAUGUCCAUAUAAUUCGUCUCAUCGAAUUGGGAAAGAAAUGCUUGAUCAGCAUUUAGAGUUUUGCCAGUGGAAGGAAGAGGGUUAUGCUGAAUUCGAUGUACCAUUGUCCGAACCAAUGUUACCUUUAAGCUCUCCUUUCUCCAUGAAGCUAGAUGCAUCGCUACAAAAUAGUAUUUUACAAGAAGCAAAGGAAAAGGACCCAACCAUGAAAGUUGAAAGUUAUGAAUGUUGUACUUGGCACAAGCUCUAUAUAUCCUUUUUCAUGUCCUUUGCUGAAUAUUUAAAUAAUAUAAGAUACCCACUGUAUGUUUCCUCACUUAACUUGUAUUUAUAAUGUAUAUCUCCUUUCAAAACACAAUUUCUUAACACUGAUGAUAGGUUCGGGUGAGCGAUUAAUUCCAAGAACAUCUGAUAGAAUCUUCACAGAUUUCACUAGCGACGAGAAGAAAGUAUUAUAUGAAUAUGUUGUUUCUAAUACAGUUAAAAUAGACAUUGGACACGAUAUUACCGACGAUCACAAUCU